AUGGAUGACUAUAUGCUCUAUGAUAGGUUUUCUCCGAAUUCAGGCAAUAAUAAUGAGAGAAGUAACAAUGAUGCUCAACACUCCGCAGCAAAUGAACUUCCAUAUCCACCUGAUAUGUCACAAGCAUAUUCAGCUCAACCUCCUAUUUCAACUCCAAUAAUGCCUAAUAAUAUUGAACUGUCUGAUCAAAAUUAUCAAACUCCAUAUCCAUUUCAAUAUGUCCCUUACGAGGGAAUGUCUGCCUUUGAUCCUUACCAAGUAAAGCCGCCAGCACCACUUGAUCCAGACCCUUACUAUUCUUGGACCAACGAUGAUUCAAAUCCAAUUUCAAAGGAUCAAAUUAGGCAAAUAUUUCAAGAGCUCAGAGACAUCUUCGGUUUUCAGAAGAGCUCAGUCGAAAAUAUGUACGAUCAUAUGAUGGUUCAAUUGGAUUCUAGAGCCAGCAGAAUGUCAGCCGCUCUGGCGUUGUUGACCCUUCAUGCUGACUAUAUUGGUGGUGAAAAUGCAAAUUACAGACGUUGGUAUUUUUGCUGCAUGAAGGAGGAUGAUCCGGAGCUUUUCGAUGAUAUUGAUAUUAAGGAAAUUAAAAGGAGACUUAAAAAAAUUGGAAAUACAGUACAAAUGGAUUUCUAUCCCAAGAGGCGAAUAGAGAUGGUAGAAUUUAGAUGGAGACAGCGAAUGAGAAUGUUGACUCCACCUGAUAUGGUAAGACAACUUGCACUUUAUUUUUUGAUAUGGGGUGAAGCCAAUAACAUCAGGUUCGCAUCUGAGUGCCUCUGCUUCAUUUAUAAAUGUGCUCUUGACUAUUUGGUGUACGUUCUUAAAAAUAAUGAAAAGCUUCCGGUAUCAAAAGAAUUCAGUUAUUUGGAGAACGUUAUCAAUCCACUAUAUGACUUUUAUAUGAGUCAACAACUCAAAUUAAUUGAUGGAAAGUACAUUAGAAGGGAAAAAGAUCAUCAGUCUAUUAUUGGUUAUGAUGACAUCAAUCAGCUCUUUUGGUACCGUAAGGGUUUGGAGAGAAUCAAGUUGGAUAGCAAAGAAAAAAUCAUGUCCCUUCCAAAGGAGGAACGUUAUUCAAAAUUAGGACAUGUUGUCUGGAAGACGGCAUUCUACAAAACUUACAGGGAAAAAAGAACAUGGCUUCAUUUGUUAACAAAUUUUUCCAGGGUUUGGAUUAUACAUCUCAGUGUGUUUUGGUAUUAUUCAAGUUUCAACUCUCCAACAUUGUAUACUGCCAACUAUGAAUAUAUGAUUAAUAACAAACCAAAACUGGAAGCCACACUUUCCGUUACGGCCCUUGGAAGCACUGUUGGCUGUAUCAUUCAGAUAUUGGCUACCAUUGGUGAGAGUAUAUUUGUCCCACUCUCUUGGCCUGGAAGAAAAUCCUUAUUUAUUCGGUUUCUCCUUCUUUUAAUUAUCACUGUAAUUAAUGCGGGCCCUUCCGUUUUCAUUCUCGGUAUUGUUCCUUUGGACGCGAAAUCAGACCUUGCACUUGGUUUGGCAAUAGCACAAUUUUGUAUAUCCAUCUGCACUACAAUAUGGUUUUCCUUCCAACCACUUUCAUCGUUAUUCAACUGGUUUAAACUUUCAGAUACAGUUAUUUAUGAUCCGCUGAAAAUAUUUACCAGUUCAUAUCCAAAAAUGGAACAAACCAACAGGAUAUUAUCCAUUCUUUUGUGGAUUUUAGUUUUCUCUGCUAAGUUUAUUGAAUCCUACUUUUUUUUAACGCUUUCUUUGCGCGACCCUAUCAGGAAUUUGCAUCAUAUGGAUUUGUCAAGAUGUUACGGAGAAAAUCCUUUCGGGGAUUUCUUUUGCCGCAAUGAGGCAUUGGUUGUUUUAGGGCUUAUGUACCUUGCAGAUAUUGUCUUAUUUUUCCUUGACACGUAUCUAUGGUAUAUUAUUUGGAAUUGUGUCAUUUCCCUUUCCCUUUCGUUUUCAAGUGGCAUAUCAAUACUUUCACCCUGGAGAAAUGUUUUCACGAGACUACCUCAAAGGAUAUACUCAAAAUUACUUUCAACCGGUGAAAUGGAAGUUAAAUACAAGCCAGAUCUUUUGGUUUCGCAAAUUUGGAAUGCGAUUGUUAUUUCACUUUAUAGGGAGCACCUUUUAAGUGCGGAUCAUGUUCAUCGUUUGAUAUAUGAUAAGCUUCCCGAUGAACAGGACGGGCGUUUAGCAUUGCGCACUCCAGCGUUUUUCUUACUUCAAGAUGAUAGUAACCAAAAGAUGUCUGACUUCUUUGUCCGAAACUCAGAAGCAGAAAGAAGAAUCUCGUUUUUUGCGCAAUCCCUCUCCACAACAAUACCAGAGCCAAUCCCAGUUGAAGCAAUGCCUACUUUUACUGUGUUCAUUCCUCAUUAUGGGGAAAAAAUCCUCUUAGGAUUAAAGGAGAUUAUUAAAGAAGAUCCACACUCUAAGAUGUCACUUCUAGAAUAUUUGAAACAGAUGUAUCCAUACGAAUGGAGCUUUUUUGUUCGGGAUACAAAAAUUCUUUCUUGCAAAGGGCCUCUUGAAAUGGAGCCUAAAUUUGAGUCUGAAUCUGAAUAUCUUGAAAAUAAAAUAAAUGAUUUGCCAUAUUACUGUAUCGGAUUCAAGGCGGCAGCUCCUGAAUACAAAUUGAGGACAAGAAUAUGGGCAUCCUUAAGGACGCAGACACUUUAUCGCACAAUUUCCGGCUUUAUGAAUUAUAGGAGAGCUAUCAAGUUAUUGCACAGAGUUGAAAACCCCGAGCUGAUUGAAUAUUUUGGAGGAAAUGAAGGUGCAGAGAAGUAUCUUGAUCUUGUUGCAGGUAGAAAGUUCAAGCUUGUUGUUUCAAUGCAAAGACUUCAAAAGUUUUCCGAUUCUGAGAAUGAAGAUCUCAGAGUUUUGUUAAGGUCUUUUCCUGAAAUUAGAGUUGCUUGCUUAGAGGAAGAAAUAGAUCCUGAAACUCAGAAGAAAACUUAUUAUUCUGUUCUUAAUACCGUGACAGAUGAUUCAAGUGGAAACAAGUUAAAUCAGUUGUACAGAAUUCGUCUUUCUGGAAAUCCAAUUUUGGGUGAUGGAAAAUCAGAUAAUCAGAACAACUCAAUCAUUUUCUACCGAGGAGAAUAUAUUGAAGUUAUAGAUGCGAAUCAGGAUAAUUAUCUUGAAGAAUGUUUGAAAAUACGGUCCGUACUCGCUGAAUUCGAAAGCUUCGAUGUUGAUGAAGUUAGUCCGUAUGUCCAUCCUUCUAAGCAUGAUAUCAGCAGUCCAGUUGCAUUUCUUGGUGCUAGGGAGUACAUAUUUUCUCAACGUAGUGGAGUUCUUGGAGAUGUCGCAGCUUCAAAAGAGCAAACGUUUGGUACAAUGUUUGCAAGGACUCUAGCCGAGAUAGGCGCUAAACUUCAUUAUGGUCAUCCAGAUUUUAUAAACGCCAUUUUCAUGACAACUAGAGGAGGUAUUUCCAAGGCUCAAAAAGGUCUUCAUUUAAACGAGGACAUAUAUGCGGGAAUGAAUGCUGUUUGCAGAGGAGGGAGAAUCAAACAUUGUGAUUACUUCCAAUGCGGAAAGGGUAGAGAUCUUGGAUUUGGAUCGAUCCUCAACUUCACAACUAAAAUUGGCGGAGGUAUGGGAGAACAAAUGCUUUCCAGAGAGUAUUUCUAUAUGGGAACACAGAUGUCACUUGAUCGGUUUUUGUCGUUUUAUUAUGCACAUCCCGGUUUCCAUCUCAAUAAUCUAUUCAUAAUGCUUUCAUUAGAAAUGUUUGUGUUAAUUGCUUUUAGUCUUGGCUCUCUGAACCAUGAGCUUAUAGCAUGCUUAUACGACAAAAAUGUUCCGAUUACGGAUCUUCAGAUUCCGUUAGGUUGUCAGAAUCUUCAGCCGGUUCUUGAUUGGGUGACAAGAUAUGUGCUUUCUAUUUUCAUAUGUUUCUUCAUAUCUUUUCUUCCACUUAUCUUGCAUGAAAUAUCAGAGCAUGGGCCAUGGAAGGCAUGUAGAAGAUUAUUCAUGCAUUUCUUCUCUUUCUCGCCAUUAUUUGAAGUCUUUGUUUGCCAGAUAUACGCCGGUUCUCUUAAAAAUGAUAUCAUCUUUGGUGGUGCGCAAUAUAUCUCUACUGGAAGAGGAUUUUCGAUUUCCAGAAUACCAUUUGUCAAACUCUAUAUAUCAUAUGCAACAUCGGGAAUUUAUCCCGGUAUGAGACUUUUUCUUGUCCUACUAUUUGCAGUGGUGACCAUGUGGCAGCCAGCAAUUCUCUGGUUUUGGAUCACAUUCAUAUCGCUUUGCUUUUCCCCAUUUUUGUUCAAUCCCCAUCAGUUCACUUGGACGGAAUUCUUUCUCGAUUACAGGGAGUAUAUCAGAUGGCUUACACGAACAGAAUCAAAUAAGUGUGAAAGCUCCUGGAUAGGCUACGUGAAAAGUAACAGAUCGAAGAUUACUGGAUUCAAGAAGUUGAAAAGUAUAAAUAACGAGAAGCAAUUAGCCACGGCCAACUUUUCGAAGCCACCUUUCUUUAACGUGCUUUUCUCUGAGGUCAUCAUUCCAUUUUUCCAAGCACUAAUCUUUAUUUUGGCAUAUAUGUUCAUUAAUGCACAAAGCGGAGUCAAGAAUCCGGCACCAAUUAACUCAUUGACUAGGUUGGGAAUCGUUACAGUGUUACCAUCUCUUAUAAACAUUGUGGUUUUACUCUGUAUAUUCCCCCUAUCUUGUCUGAUGGGUCCUAUUUUCAGCUUGUGCUGUCACAAAGUGGCUCCUACAUUGGCUGCAAUUGCUCAUUUCUUUGCAAUUCUUGCCCAUGUUCUAAACUUUGUUCUAAUAUGGGCGCUCGAAGGAUGGAAUGCCGGUAGAGCAUUGUGUUGCUUUACAACCACAAUAUUUUUACAAAGAUUGCUAAUUAAUGCCGGCAAUGUAAUCUUCUUAAGUCGAGAAAUGAGGACAGACUAUGGAAAUGAGGCUUGGUGGUCUGGAAAGUGGAUUGCCAAGGGUGUUGGUUUGAAAUACAUAUUUUCCCAGCCAAUCAGAGAGCUUUUUGUCAAGAUCGCGGAGCUGAGUCUAUUUGCAGCUGAUUUCAUACUCGGUCACACGAUUCUUCUUUGCAUCACACCAGCUCUAUUUAUUCCAUACAUUGAUCAUUGGCACUCUUGCAUUUUAAUGUGGAUUAACCCCUCUAAGAAAUUGGAGGGGCCAAUACAUACCACCACCCAAACCAGGAUGCGUAGACGGAGAGCAGAAAGAUAUGCGAUACUAUACUUCUUGAUUCUGAUUCUCUUCCUAGGUAUUAUGAUUGUGCCGAUUAUCGUUAGAAAGUACUUCGAAGGUUCUAUAAAUGCCUUUAUACCGAAGUCGAAUUUCGGACUUGUUCAGCCAAACCAUCAGAACAAUAAUGAUACAGGAGAAGAAGCACCGCUCACAGUUCAGAGAGCAAAACCGACAGUGCCACCAUUCACAAAAUACUGGAUUUAA